AUGGACUCUCUCAAGAAAGAGAUCGACAAAAAGAAUGAAGAAAUACUGAAACUAAACAAAGAUGUGCGAGAUCUAAGAGCGCAAAACGAUAACCUACAGAUUACUGUGGGGUCGAAGGAAAAAAAAAUCAAAACUCUGAAGGAGAAGAUUCAGAAAUUGGAAAGCGAGAAGAAGACAUUGGAAACAAAUUUAAAAGCUGUGCAGGUUGAACUGGAUGCCGUGAGAAGCGGGGUCGCCGAGAUGAAAGAUAAAAAUGCAACACUGAAGACGGAUGUUGCCAAAUUAUCGUCAAGAAUGGACGAAGUCACAAAAGAUCUCCACGAAAGUAUAAGGGAAAACUCGACUCUUGAAGAGAAAAAUACAACGCUGAAGUUAACUGUCGAGAAACUAUCAAGAAAGGUGGAUGGUAUUACUGAAGAUCUUGAAGAAAGCAUAACUGAAAAUAGGUCUCUAAAGAAGGAAGUCGACGAUUUGCGAGAGAGUCUGGAAAUGGCAGAGAAUGCUCUGGUUGCUGAGCGAAUGGCGUUACCAUUCAUCCCUUCGACUUCGGCUAACCCAUUAACUAGUGCGUCUUUGGUCCUAGGUGAAUUAUGCUGGCAAAUUCAAGGAAUGAUGUACCAAAAUGUGUUUCCCAAUUCUUAUGACUCUAAAAAGAGUUACAAGAUGAAACAUAUUGACCAAGAUAUCGAUGAUCUUGAAGACGAACAGCAAAGAGAGGAAGCGAAGAAGAAAUGGAGUGAAUGA